CAUCCCGUUAUGUAUUUAAAUCAGGCAUAUUUCCAAACACACUUCCGACAGUGAAAUCUCUGUGUGGGAUAUGUAAUUGUUGCAAUAUUUCUAUAAACAAAAAUAAUAAAAUACAUGUUUGCGUAAAAGUAGAAAUGGACUAUAAAUACGCAUAGCAAGCACUUCAAGUGUGUUGUUCAUCAUAUUUUUAUUCCUAUUAAAGCAAUAGAAAUGAAUUUAUGUCACGUUUGUCAGCAGCACAGCAUAAGAGAGACAAUACUAUACUAACAAUACUAAUAUGAACAUAACUUGAAAUGUUUAAUUAGAUUUGUUAGCAAAAUUAUAUUAAAAAUAACUAUAAUAUUGUAUUUUUGAUUGACUAGCUUAUUGACAAUUAUCAUUUCUUGGAUGUUUUUUAAUUAUUAUUUGAUCUUAUUUUAAUGACUGCUACACACUGAAGGGAGUUACUGUCAUCAUAGUGUCAUGACUUACUAAUAAUAUUAGAAAUAUUAGCAGCAUAAUAGAGCGGUCUCACAUAAAUCAGAAAUGAUUCAGUAAGUUUGGGUCUAAGAGGGCAAAGCACUGAUUCUAGUAGUAUCAAGAGCGAGGGAAUGUAUGUGAUUUAAUUUUGUAAAGCACAGACAGUCUGUUUGUCAUUACACACCGCUUAAUAAGAGUCACAAGUGCUGAAGCGGCUCAGACUCAGCCGCUGUUCUUCCUCGCAUCGUAUCCAUCCCGACCGGAGCGAAGUCGAGAUGCGUGUUUUGUGUGUGUUUGCGGUGGUGUGUGUGUUCGCCGGAUCAGCUUCAGAAGAUCAGAAGGAGCUGGCAGCGGUCCUGCGGAGCGUGUCUCCGGCCCGGCCGUCCUCGGGGCCCCAGGCCGCCGCCGCCGGACCCAGACUGCUGACUAAAGACGGCCUCGUCCAGGGCCUGGCGCUGGACAAGUGCUAUGUGUUUUAUGGGAUCCCGUUCGCCGGUGCUCCUGUGGGGGAGUCCCGCUGGAAGCCGCCCCGUCCCGUCACGCCCUGGAGAGGGGUGUAUGACGCCAGCUAUCCCCGAGCGGCCUGCAUGCAGGCCUGUGUCGGACCCAUCGCUGACGACUGUCCCAAGAAGGUGAGUGAAGAUUGUUUGUACCUGAACAUCUUCGUUCCUCUGAGCGUGGACCUCGAGGCCCCGCUGCUGACGCCACUUCCGGUGAUGCUGUGGCUCCACGGCGGGGAUUUCAUCGCGGGCUCCGCCUCCAAACCGCUCUACGACGGCCGUUACAUCAGCAACUUCACGACGACGCUGGUCGUGAGCGCCGCCUACCGCCUGGGUGCCUUCGGCUUUCUGGUGUCAGGAAAAGACCCGCGGACUUCCGCCGCGGGGAAUUAUGGGAUUCUGGACCAGCAGGCGGCGCUGCUCUGGGUUCAGCAGAACAUCGCGGUGUUUGGAGGAGACCCGAGCAGGGUGACUCUGUUUGGAGAGAGCGGAGCUCAGUCAGUCGCUCUUCAUCUGAUGAUCCAGAGCAGUAAACCUCUCUUCAGACAGGCCGUCUUCCAGAGUUUACCCUUCUCCAUCCCUCUGAAGACACGGCACGAGUCUUUGAAGCUCGGGAAGAACUUCGCUAAAUCAGCCAACUGCUCGGUUCUGGACCUGCCGUGUCUUCAGUCUCUGAGUCCUCGAGAGGUUCUGGACGCACAGAUCCGGUCCAGCUCAAAGGUGGUGAACCCCUUCCGCUUCCUGGAGCAGUUUGAGAGCUGGGGGCCGUUUGUGGACGGAGAGCUGAUCCGAGAGCAGGCGGUCAGCGCCUUCCUGAAGGGACACUGGCAGAAGGACAAGCCCGUGCUGCUCGGGACCACCUCGGAGGAAGGCGUGAUCUUUGUGUACGGCGUCUUCACGAAGGCCGUGUCUGCGGUCGAGAGCACCGUCUACACCACGGCCAUCUUCAAACAACACGCCAUCAAGAUCCUGCGCAAGUACCUGCCGCUGUACGGCGCCGCUGACCGCAGGGACAUGCUAGCACAGAUUGUGACGGACUACAUCUUCCUGUGCCCCUCGCGGAGGUCUGCGCGCGCCGCCGCGGCCUCCGGUAGCUCGGUGUGGAUGUACGUGUUCGAUCACGCGCCGAGCGACCCGGGCUUGUGGUCGGGCCUGACGUUCUGUUACCGUCACGCGUGUCACGGCGCGGAGCUGCCCUUCGUGUUCGACUCGGCGCCGGCGGCGAAUCUCAGCAUGACUCCGGCGGAGCGGCUGCUGUCCGACCGGACGCUGUGUUACUGGGGCUCGUUCGCUCACGCCGGAGAGCCCGGAGCUCACGCGGACUCCAGCGCGUUCUGCCGGCGGCGGCGUCCUCCGGCCUGGCCGCGCUACACGGCUGACAGCGGCUGGCUGGUCCUGAACCUCACGCUACAUUCACACGCGCAGAGCGGAUCACGGGACGGCAUCUGCGACUUCUGGGACGCGCUGGGAAUAUAUCCGUGAGAAGAAACCGACGAGAUCGUUCAUUCCUCAACGGACUGUAUUUGUGUUUUGUUUUUAAGUGCAAGCGACUGAAGAGUGAACGAUUAAUCGCGAUUAAUCGCGUCCAAAAUAAACGUGUUUGUUCACAAAA